AUGGCUCUUGAACUAGAACCGGAGAUUCUGAGUUUCCAUCAUCCCUUAACGCGCCCUCUUGACUGCAAACUGCGUCUCACCAACACCGGUAACACUCCGCUGGCGUUCAAGGUCAAGACGAAUGCGCUGAAACGAUAUGCUGUGCGUCCAAACCAGGGCAGGAUUGAACCUAGACGGUCGCGCGAAGUCAUCAUCUCGAUGCGGGCGUACGAGCAAGAUCCGCCGGCAGGGAUAAUUUGCAAGGACAAGUUCCUGAUCGAAUCGGUCAUGAUCCGACCUGCGGACGAGGGCGACUUGCUCAGCGAGCUCUGGGCGGGCGCCAAGCAAGCGCCUUUGAAAUAUGAUUUCCGUUCUCAGAGACUUGGGGUAACCUAUCUUCCUCAAAAAGAACGUUGGUUCGGAGAGUCUUUCUUUCGACAGUUCCUGGGUCUAUUGCAAGGCGCUAGAAGACCGACUUCAAAGCCCGAUGAUGCAGUGCCACCUGUCGGCAGUAUCCGGCUAUUGUAUGGCUCGAAGAGGAGCGGAGAAUAG